AUGUCGGCCUCCUAUUCCUCGCGUUCCGGCUCUUCCUCUACCGAGGCACUUCUCCCUCCGCAAAAGCCGCAGAAAGACUACUUCGCCGCUGUCGCAUCCAUGCAAGGCGGAAUGGGCAUCCACGGCGGCUCUCCGCUUGUCCCGAAUCCGAGCGCUCGGCCAUCCAAGCCCUCCGAAAAAUCAUUCUGGAGCCGGAAGGACAAGACCCAGCCGUUGCCCGCGAAAGCGCAGCCUCAGUCCGAACACCCGCAGCCUAAUCCCAAACAGCAGCCGCAGAAGCCGAGCGGACAGAUGAGCAGGGACGAGGCGCUCGCGCUGCUCAUGGACAAGUAUGGUAUGGCGUCGAUCCAGAGUGGUGGUCGGAGUGGGAGAAUGUGAUCUGCAUUAGGCGACAAAUUUAGUUUCGGGAUUCUGGAUGGUCUGAAGAUGAUCGAAGCGUUAUUGUACUUACUGUACUGCUGUACUGCCCGUCUCCUUCUGCCCGGUGUAUUCAUGUCUUUUCG